GCGGCCGCGGCGGGACCUGGUCUCCGGCCUGGACUGCUGAUUGCCCCUGGAGAAGGUGUCUUCUCAGUGUGCCUGGCUUAUGAUGGCUGUACUUGGCGAUUAGAAGCCUAAGCUUGACUGACUAGAGAACUGGAUGAUGGCUGCAGAGGUACCAAGCGUGACCACCACUCUGAACCUGCUGGUCCAGGCGCCUCAGGAGAAUGAACAGGAGGAAAGGGUCACUACCACAAUGCUGGAGGAUGAUUCCUGGGUGCAGGAAGCCAUCCUGCAGGAAGAUGGACCUGAGUCUGAGCCUUUUUCCCACAGUGUCCGGAAGGGUGGCUCUGAGGAGGAGGUAGUUGGAGGCCCCCCUGGUGCACUUGGCCGUCUAAGAGAGCUUUGCCGGCGCUGGCUGAGGUCAAAGGUGCAUACCAAGGAGCAGAUGCUGACUGUGUUGCCGCGGGAGAUUCAAGCUUGGCUGCAGGAGCAUCGGCCUGAAAGCAGUGAGGAGGCCGCAGCUCUGGUGAAAGACUUGACCCAGAGCCUCCGGGACAGUGAUUUUGAGAUCCGAAGUGAAAAUGGGGAGAAUGCUCAUCAAGAUAUGCUUGAAGACAUCUCUGAAGGGGAAGUUACUCAGCAGUCUGACUGGGAAAGUGACAUGGAGAGAUACUGUGGACUCCGAAGUCCCCAGGGAAACACCCCAAGUGUGGGCCAUAGGGAAGUGCGCUCCCAGGGUAAGGAAGCUGGGCAGCUCAUUGGUCUGCAGGGCACCUACCUGGGUGAGAAGCCCUACGAGUGCCCCCAGUGUGGGAAAACCUUCAGUCGGAAAUCCCACCUCAUAACGCAUGAGCGGACCCACACGGGAGAGAAAUACUACAAAUGUGAUGAAUGUGGGAAAAGCUUUAGCGAUGGUUCAAACUUCAGUCGACACCAAACUACUCACACAGGGGAAAAGCCUUAUAAAUGCAGGGAUUGUGGGAAAAGUUUUAGCCGGAGCGCAAACCUAAUAACCCACCAGAGAAUCCACACAGGGGAAAAACCCUUUCGGUGUGCUGAAUGUGGCAAGAGCUUCAGCAGGAGCCCCAACCUCAUUGCUCAUCAACGGACUCACACAGGAGAAAAACCUUAUUCCUGCCCUGAGUGUGGAAAGAGCUUCGGCAAUCGGUCCAGCCUCAAUACACACCAGGGCAUCCACACAGGAGAGAAGCCCUACGAAUGCAGAGAGUGUGGUGAGAGCUUUAGUUACAACUCCAACCUGAUCAGACAUCAGAGAAUCCACACAGGAGAGAGACCUUACAAGUGUCCGGACUGUGGGCAGCGGUUCAGCCAGAGUUCGGCCCUCAUCACCCACCGGAGGACUCACACGGGAGAGAAGCCUUACCAGUGCAGUGAGUGCGGGAAGAGCUUCAGCCGCAGCUCCAACCUGGCCACGCACCGGAGAACGCACAUGGUGGAGAAGCCCUACAAGUGUGGGGAGUGUGGGAAGAGUUUUAGCCAGAGCUCCAGCCUCAUUGCACACCAGGGCAUGCACACUGGGGAGAAGCCCUAUGAGUGCCUGACGUGCGGGGAAAGCUUCAGCUGGAGCUCCAAUCUCAUCAAGCACCAGCGGAUUCACACAGGUGAGAAACCCUACCAGUGCGGCGAGUGUGGAAAGUGCUUCAGCCAGCGGUCACAACUGGUCGUACACCAAAGGACCCACACUGGCGAGAAGCCCUACAAAUGCCUCAUGUGUGGUAAAAGCUUCAGCCGUGGUUCUAUUCUGGUCAUGCACCAGCGGGCCCACUUGGGUGACAAGCCCUACCGGUGUCCUGAAUGUGGAAAAGGCUUUAGCUGGAAUUCAGUUCUCAUCAUCCACCAAAGAAUCCACACAGGGGAGAAGCCCUACAAAUGCCCCGAGUGUGGCAAAGGAUUCAGCAACAGCUCUAACUUUAUCACUCACCAGAGAACUCACAUGAAAGAGAAACUUUUCUGAAGUGGCAAAGAGGGCAGUGAGGGGCCGGCCCAGGAGAUGGAACUGCAGUGCUAUCCCUGAGUAGAGGUAUCGUUUCCUUUUGUCCUUCCUUCCUUCAUGCUUUUGGGGUCA